AUGUCCAUUGGAUGGGUCACUCGGACCGUCGUCUCUGACUCUGCCAUUGCCCAAUACAAGCCACAAGAUGCUACUACCAACCCAUCUUUGAUCCUUGCCGCCUCCAAAAAGCCCGAAUAUGCUAAACUCAUUGAUACCGCUGUCGCAUACGGAAAGGGAGUAGAUGGUGACCUUGAAAAGAAGACUGAUGCCACUCUCGAUCGUCUUCUCGUCGAGUUCGGUAAAGAAAUCUUAAAGGUCGUUCCAGGAAAGGUUUCAACUGAGGUUGAUGCUCGUUUCUCUUUCGACACCAAGGCCACUAUUAACAAGGCUCUCCGAAUUAUCGAUCUUUACAAAUCAGAGGGUAUUGACAAGUCCCGCAUUUUGAUCAAGAUUGCUUCCACUUGGGAAGGUAUACAAGCCGCCCGUAUCCUCCAACGCGAUCACGGAAUUAACUGCAACCUUACCCUCCUCUUCUCCAAAUCCCAAGCCGUUGCUUGUGCCGAAGCCGGUGUCGAAUCCGUUAAGGCUAUCUUCGACUACUACAAGAAAUUCGGAUACAAGACCAUUGUUAUGGGAGCUUCCUUCCGUAACAUUGGUGAAAUCACCGAACUUGCUGGAUGUGAUUACCUUACCAUCUCACCAAACUUAUUGGAGGAGUUGAAAAACUCCACCGAGGCCGUCCCCAAGAAGUUGGUCGCUGAGAACGCUAGCAGUUUGGAUAUCGAGAAAUUGACCUACAUCGAUGAUGAACCUGAAUUCAGAUUUGCAUUCAAUGAGGAUGCUAUGGCGGUUGAGAAGUUAAGAGAAGGUAUCAGCAAGUUUGCUGCUGAUGCCGUUACCUUGAAGGAUAUCUUGAAGGCUAAGUUGCAAUAA